AUGUCUGAUAAAAGAAAAUUGUUAUAUUAUUUCUCAAAAAAACCUGAUAAUUUAGCACAAGAAACAAAUAAUACACCUCAAUGUACAACAACAAAUUCAGAGAUCAUGAAUAUAAACGAAGCAAUCGUGUUAACUGAAUUUCGUGAUGCACCAUCACCAUUAUCCUCAUCAACAAGUUUAACUCUUCAUGAUCAAUGUGAAAUCUAUGAAAAUCCCUCCACAACAACAGCAAUAACACCAACAUCAUCAACAACAACAACUUCAACAUCAGCAACACCAACUCCAACAGUAACAACACCAACAUCUACACCAAUCCCAAUAGUAACAACACCAACAUCUACACCAAUCCCAAUAGUAACAACACGAACAUCUACACCAACUCCAACAGUAACAACAUCAACAACAACAGCGGCACAAGAACAUGAUUUAUUAAAUAACAUUUUUAUGAAUGAUCCAUCUAAGCGAGACCCAUGCCCAAGUCCAAAAUAUGCGAAAGAUUAUCUGUUAGCAGGACCAUAUCAACCAAAUAGUAAAUUUCCAACUAUUAACCGUCGACAUUUUUGUUAUCCUCGGUUUCAACUUUACAAAUGGCUCGAAUUUAGUGAAAUGACGAAUAGAGCGUAUUGUUUUGUUUGUCGUUAUGCUUAUUCCGAAGCAAAAUUUAAUAAACAUCAAGCGACAAUAUCACAUAAAUAUGCUAACGAUCUAUGGAUUAAUGCAGUUAAGAAUCAUAAAAAUAAUAAUGAUGUUGCAAAACAAUUAAACAGACAGCAUGAAAAACAAGCUUCUGAAAACAGAUUGUAUCUACAGGAAAUAAUUCGAACAAUUUUACUUCUUGCUCGUCAAGGUUUGGCACUUAGAGGUCAUAGAGAAGAUGAAGAGUCAGAAAAUAAAGGUAAUCUUCUUGAAUUACUUGAAUUGAGAAGUUUUGAUAAUGAUUUGAUUAAAAGUAAAUUUAAAUCUUUGCAAUAUACACAUCAUUCGAUUCAAAAUGAAUUAUUAUGUUUAAUACACGACAAUAUAUUAUCUCAAAUUGUGUUCCAAAUUAAAAGCGCCAAAUACUUUUCUAUUAUGAUGGAUGAAUCAGUUGAUAUUUCUCGUCAUGAACAAGUGUCUUUAGUUAUACGUCAUGCUGACGAUCAAUUUCAUGUAUAUGAACGUUUUAUUGGAUUUCAGCGAGCAUCAAGUACAACUGGUGAAGCUUUGUUUAAAUUAUUAGUUAUGUGGUUAAAACAACUCGAUUUGGAUAUUAAUAAUAUAGUUGGUCAAUGCUUUGACGGGGCAAGUGCAAUGAGGGGCACAUAUAAAGGUGUAUCAACUCGUUUAUUACAAAUUGUACCUACUGCCUUAUAUGUCCAUUGCAAUGGACACAUAUUAAAUUUAUGUUUAGUUGACUUAUCACAAGCAGUGGUACCUGUUAGAAAUAAUUUUGGCAUUACGAAUCACACUAAAAGGACGUCGGAUAUUUAA